UAGAAUGGGCAUGGUGACACUUUUUGGUCUCUGUUCCAGCAUGGGACUCUGGUCCAGAAUAUCUCCUGCAUCUGUCAGCUCUGUCAUGAUAUUGUUUCUAGUGAAACAGGCCAAAGGAUCUCUGCUGGAAAAAACCACUACUGGAUGGAACAAAUAUAAACAAGAAUGCUUGAAAAUGCUGCAGGAAUCAACUGUAGAUACUGGAAUACAUUGUAAUGGGACGUUUGAUCAGUUUGUUUGCUGGCCUUACUCACCCCCAGGAAACGUCUCUGUUCCUUGUCCUUCAUAUUUGCCGUGGUUGAAAAAUGGAAGUGUAGGAAAUGUGUACAGAGUCUGCUUGGAUGAAGGGACUUGGCAAACGAAGGAAAACUCCACAGACAUUUGGCGUGAUAGUUCAGAAUGUUCUGAGAAAAAUAAUUUAAAAAAAAAUGAAGAACAUAAAUUGCUUACCACAUUACAGCUCUGGUACACUAUAGGAUAUUAUUUUUCUCUCAUCUCACUUGUAUUAGCUCUCCUUAUACUUUCUUUACUCAGAAAACUUCACUGCACAAGAAACUACAUCCAUAUGAAUUUAUUUGCAUCUUUUAUCUUGCGUGCCACAGCAGUUCUUAUAAAAGACACUGUAUACAACAAUAUUUACUCCAAAAAACCAAAUGAUGAAACUGGAUGGAUAUUAUACCUCAGUCCUGAGAUUGUAGUCAUUUGCAGGACUGCCCAGUUUUUCAUGCAUUACUUUGUUGGGGCAAAUUAUUUUUGGCUAUUAGUAGAAGGAAUUUAUCUGCAUACGUUAUUGAUAACUGUUGUACUCUCUGAGAGACGACUGCUACAGACAUAUAUUGUGAUAGGAUGGGUUGUUCCUAUCCUGUUCGUGGGCCCUUGGGGAAUAAGCAGAUCGAAACUGGAGAACACAGGGUGCUGGGCAACAAAUGAACAUAUGGGAAUCUGGUGGAUCAUCCGAGGACCAAUGUUAUUUUCCAUUGCAGUUAACUUUGGCAUCUUCUUAAAAAUUCUCAGGAUGCUGAUUUCCAAACUAAAAGCUCAGCAAAUGAGCUUUCAUGACUACAAAUACAGAUUGGCAAGAUCUACACUUGUUCUGAUUCCAUUGUUGGGGAUCCAUGAAUUUGUAUUUGCCUUCAUCACUGAUGAACAGAUGGAAGGACUUUCAAGACAUAUAAGACUUUUCAUUCAGCUGACAAUGAGCUCAUUUCAUGGUUUUUUUGUAGCAGUUUUAUAUUGCUUUGCUAAUGGAGAGGUGAAAGCAGAGCUCCAGAAGCAGUGGUCCCGCUUCCUGCUGGCAGAUCCCUUUGGCUGUAAACUCUGCUUUUUUGGGGAAAACAUAAAAUACCUCAGGAAAUGUUCACAGAAACGAAAAAACCAGCACCUCAGCAGCAAACACCUGCAGGCAAGUGAGACCUGGGGCAUGCAGCUCCAGCAGGUGCUAGUGAAGCAGAGGACAGAUCUCAAUCCAGAGCCAAGCUGUGCUCUCCCGUCUCGUCCACGGGCAAGCAUGUCAGACAGCAGCGAAGGAGAAGUCACCACCGGAGAGACAACCGAGGAAGUCUUUGAAGAAAGUGAGAUUUAGAAAGCUGUCCACUAGAACAGCACCUUCCAACAGCCGCAGUAUUUUGAAAGAUCUUGUCUCACCUCCAGACUGUACAGAUCUCUGGGAUGUGCAACACAAGGAGGAAGCAGUGAAUAUCCCAAUUGUCCCAGUUUUCUUAAUCUGAGAAAAAUGUUGUUCUGGAUGUUGCUAACCUGUGUGGCUGGGGUAGAAGAGGUUUGCUGAAUCAAAAAAUGCUUUGAAUUCACCAGUCUGGAAGAUAAUUGAUGCUAAAUGUACACAGGGAAGCAGGAUGUACUCUGGAAAUGAGUAGACUCUGGACACACACAUUGUGUCUCAGCAGCUUAAUCCAUGCUUGACUGCCAUUGUAUUCACAUAAUAGAGUUGUUUGUUUUUCCCUUUCACAGGUGUGUUGCACAGAGGUAUGUGUGCAGAAGACUCUUCUCUCCACAGACUGAAAUAAUUCCAUCUCAAAAACACAGUUUCAGGCCAAACCAGACACAUUUUGUUUAAGCAAAAUGAAAGGAUUUAUACAUAUUAACAAAAAAAAAGCUUGGGAAGAAACAAACUUUUGCUUGCAUUUUUGAGCAUCUUCACUUAAAGUUUAGUGCUGGAAAUGCCAUUAUGAAAUGAAAGACCAAAAUGUUUUCUUUUGAAAGUGCCCAAAUGAAAUGCUUUGAUACAAUUUUUGUUUGCUUCUUUUGGUUUUCUCUAUUUUUUGACACAAGUCACACAUUCUAAUGCAUCUGCAGCUUUGCCCUACUUGGGGCCCAAAUGACAAAAUAGAUCAGUGAUAGUGCUGCUUCCAUCUUCCUCUCAGGGGACCCAAAAUGGAUAAUGACAUGGGAUUGUUAUAGCACCAAAAGAAUAUUGUGAAAUCCUUCUUCCAGCAUUUAACAAGAACCAUUAUGAAAUUUUAAUUGUCACAUACAGCUCACCCAGAGACCUAUGAAAUUCAAUUGUUUGUUAAUAUUCUAUGAGCUGGUUUCCAAACUUGCAAACACAAGCUAUUUGGCAUACUGAAAGGAAAAAAGAAAAAGGCAACAGAAAGAUUGGUGGGCAAUGUUUAUCUACAAUCUAAAUGUAUACCCCAGGCACACACAAGUGUAACUAUCUAGCCUGCAGCCAGUUACAUAGCAUUUGUUAUCAAUUUUUCCUAUACGUUACUGGCAAGCACUCUAUUUGAACCUAAAUGCCUGCAAAUGUAAUAAAACAUAUCCUGGGCAACUGGCUCUAGGUGGCCCUGCUUGAGCAGGAGGAUUGGACCAGGUGACAUCCAGAGGUCCCUUCCAACCUCAGCCAGUUUGUGAUUCUGUGAAAACACCGUAUGUCAAAUAAAUAAUUUUCAGGGCUGCUCAUGGGCUCUGUUCACACAUCUUCUCUCCACCAGGUGCCAACACUGCGGCUGCCCUUCUGGCUUUCCCAUCUUCUACAUCUCCUCAUGGGGUGGCUUCAUCCUUAGACCCCUGCUGCCAGCUUACUGCAAAUGACACUUUUUAGAGAUAUUUUCAAUGUGUUGUUUGAGCAGACUAAGUUUAUGCAGCUUAUAUAACUUACCAAUGCUUUUGAAAAUUAUUUAUCAGUCUACAAAUGUUUAGACGUGUAAACUGUACCAGUUAUGAUAUACCAUUUUCUUGAAAGAGCAGAUAAAUUUAUUGACUAGCAUUAGAUUAACAACACAUUUGAGUUAUCACAUUUCUGGUAUCUUUCAAAAAGUAUUUCUUUUACAAUUCUAUCAGUGUUAAAAGGUUAACCUAUUUAAUCAAUACAAGGUUGUCUAUUUCAGUAAAAUAUUAAUAAAAUGUAAAUAUUCGAUCCAUUUAAAAAUAUAUCAGCAGUUUUAAAAGGUUUUUUACCAGAAUGUUUAUUCUGUUUAUAUAGCAUUUUACUGCAGUGGGUUCCUCCACCAUCCAUUACAAGCAUUAGACAGUACAUAUCUGUUGACUGUGUCUUCUCCAACUUAAGAAAGACUGGUUCCUUCUAGAGCUGUUCUUUAAGAUAUUAAAAAGUUUGAAAUCAUUUAGAAUGCAUUUUACUUGGGUGCUAAAAAUGCAAAAAGUGUAAGAUUUUACUGCAUUUCAGUAAAAUAAUUUACUUUUUAAUUGCAUUUUAAAAUAUUUCAAAUGGUCAAGAAGCUAGUUUUCUGUGCUCUCAACAGCAGUCUUUACUAGGUGCAUUUCCCCCUCUCUAUUAUGUGUAUAGUCUUUUUGCUUCUUUCAGUAUAUAAAAAUCAACUUUUUUGUAUAAACAAACCCUGGAGGCCUGAUAAAAACAAUCAUUACAUAGAUCCCUUCAGAAAGUGUGUUUGUAAGUAGAUAAAUCAGCAAGUUUCAUCAUAAAAAUAUAGCAUUAUUUAUUAUGGCACUAAAGUACAGAAUUUGUUAAAUCUGGAUGGCCACACACACAAUGUAUCUUUACAGAAAUAUUACAAGCUCCUCAGUUCUAAAUAAAAUAUUAAGCAGUUUAGAAGACAGCAGCAGACUCAACAAUUCAAACAUAUUAGUAGAGUCAGCAAAAAAAGCUGACUCUCCUCCUAGGAAGGCGAAGGUCUGCAGCUAGGUAUCUUUUCCUUCCACUCUUUGUGGAGCUCCAGGGCCACAGGAGGGAUACUGCAGCCAGAGGAGCUGGUCCCUGGAACGUGAGACAGAGGCCAGACAACUACAAGCUGCACAGAUUGGAGUGAUAGAAACAGUUGGGAGAAAGGGCAAGAAAUAUGAUCUCGCUCUGAUGAAACAAGAGGUGAAGGAGACAGAUUGGCCCAAAUUGGUGUUUGUUUGCAAAUGAUAUUCUGUGGAAAUUCCUUAUCCAAUUUGCACACAGAAUAAUUAUCAGAGAACAAAAACUUUAACAUUAGACCAGGUUUUUAUGCUUGUCUAGACCUAGUAACAGGAUUUUUCUCUUUAUCAAUCAAUUGCUCACCUUUACUCCCCAGAUUUCCAUUGCCUUUGCCUUAUGAGAAAGACUGGUGUGAGCUAAAGGUUUCUUCCCUCUCAACGAGAUACCCCAUCCUUCCAGGGUCCUGGUGAGUUUGGUCUCUGCUGAGUCAGUCCAUUAAGGUGGGAUAAGGUUAAGACAAGGUGGGAUAUUCAUGCUCAGGGCAUCAGAGACAACUCCCACUAAAACUUGACUCCCACAGCUUCGAAGUUCUCUUUGCCAAGGAUUUUGCUUUCCAUCAAAACUUGUAUGACAAAAAAUUGAAUUUCAAGCCUAGAAUAGCUUGUGGGGUUCAACAGAGCUUUCCCAUUAGAUGUAGUGUGUUAACUGAUCUGAUUUGUAUGAAUAAGGUUUACACAAUCUUAAUAAUCUGCUGUGAGACAUGCUAUAAAUUUUUAUGUUUUACUACACAUAAAGCAUAACCUUCCAGACACAAUGGCUCCUUCUAUGGCCAGAGAUGUCAACUAUAUGCUAAUUAUAAAUGUGUACUUACAUUCUUUGUUUAAAUAUAUUGCUUCUACAUACCAGGGUCUGUGCCUCAAAGGCUCAAAUACUAAAGCAGAAACACUCCAGUCUUGAGAGCUCUCUGUCAGUUAUGCGUUG